AUGCUUGUCUCGACGCCUCGCGCCCCCGUAUCCCUCAAAACCCCGUCCCAUAGCGUAUGUCCUUGGUCUCCAGGACAUUCAUCCACACCUCGAACAAAUGCACAAUCGAACCCGGUCCUUGUCGCCGGCUCAACAAGCAUCAUCAUCAGCAUCAACAAUAUCUCCUGUCGCUCCAAGCGGCCGUCCAACAAGUGGAUCAUGGUCGAGACCGCCAUACUGUGUGUCAUUGUUGUUCGGUCUGAUGCUUCUGCCCUCAUUUGGAUGUACGGUACCCGUAACGACCUCAUACUGGACCCCGCCUUUAAUCAACCUCUGCUCAUCAUGCCUCCCCGCUGGCUCUCCUGCCUGGUCGUCUUCAUGAAGCGCGCGCGACAAACCAAGCGUGUCACGCACUACACCAUCUCUGACAACAACAACAACAACAACAACAACAACAACAACAACAACAACAACAACAACAACAACAACAACAACACCGGGCAUGCAGCCAGAGCCUCUACAACGCUGUCUUUUGAGCACCACCGGCAUAUGAGGAGAUAUCAAGUUACUUGA